UGCUCGCUGCGUACAACACAAAAGGACGAAAAAUGCAGGCUCGAAGCGUUAUCCUGAACGCGAAACAGACUGUCGAUGCAUUGCGGACGCUGGUCGUAACUGCAUCGCCGAAGAAAUCGAUCACCAAGGCGGCAACGUCGGCCUCCGUGCAAGCGAUCCAGACGCGCGAUUACCAUGAGGUGACGGGCGACAUUAUCGUACCGUCGAUGGUGCAGGGUAUCGAUCAUCUGCGCGAUCCGCGUCUUAACAAGGGUCUUGCCUUUACGCUGGAAGAGCGUCAAAUUCUGGGCAUUCACGGGCUGCAGCCGGCCCGGUUUAAGUCGCAGGAGGAACAGCUGGAACUGUGCCGCAUUUCGAUCUCGCGCUACCAGGAAGACCUCAACAAGUACCUGUAUCUGGUUGAUCUGCAGGACCGUAAUGAGCGGUUAUUCUUCCGGCUAAUCUCGGAAGACGUGGAAAAGAUGAUGCCGAUCGUGUACACGCCCACGGUUGGGUUGGCGUGUCAAAAGUUUGGCUUAAUCUAUCGCCGACCACGUGGUCUGUUUGUGACGAUUAACGAUCGGGGCCACGUGUUCGAUGUGCUAAGAAACUGGCCGGAACCGGACGUGCGUGCUAUUGUCGUUACCGAUGGGGAGCGUAUUCUUGGGUUGGGUGAUUUGGGUGCUUGCGGUAUGGGUAUUCCAGUCGGAAAGCUAGCACUGUACACGGCCCUGGCCGGUAUUCCACCGCACCAAUGUUUGCCGAUCGUGAUCGACGUUGGUACGAAUAACAAGGAUCUGCUGGAGGAUCCGCUGUACAUUGGGCUGCGGCACAAGCGCGUACAGGGCAAGGAGUACGAUGAUUUUAUCGACGAGUUUAUGCAGGCGGUCGUGAAACGUUACGGCCAGAACACGCUCAUCCAGUUCGAGGACUUUGGCAACCAUAAUGCGUUCCGUUUUCUGGACAAGUACCGCAACACGUACUGUACGUUCAAUGACGACAUUCAGGGUACGGCAUCGGUUGCCGUCGCUGGUCUGCUCGCGUCAAAGCGUAUCACGAACAAGCGCAUCUCAGACAACACGUUCCUGUUUCUUGGUGCGGGUGAAGCUGCGGUCGGUAUUGCGGAUCUGGUGGUGAAGGCGAUGCAGGCGGAAGGCGUUGGUUUGCAGGAGGCUCGGGAUAAGAUCUGGAUGUUCGACAUUGAUGGGCUGCUCGCGAAGGGACGCCCGGAGGGUCGACUCGGUGGACACAAAGCGUACUACGCCAAAGAGCACGGUGUGAUGAAGAACUUUGCCGACGUGGUGAAAGAGGUGAAGCCGUCGGUGUUGAUCGGUGCGUCGGCUGCGGGCGGUGCGUUUACGCCGGAAAUUCUGCAAGCCAUGGGUCAGUUUAAUGAGCGUCCGAUCAUUUUCGCACUGUCCAAUCCGACCUCGAAGGCAGAAUGUACCGCACAGGCGGCAUAUGAUAAUACCGAGGGCCGCUGUAUCUUUGCCUCCGGAUCUCCGUUCGCUCCGGUAAAGUAUGGCGGAAAGACAUACGUUACUGGCCAGGGCAACAAUGCGUACAUCUUCCCGGGUGUGGCAUUGGGUGUCAUCGUUACCGGUACGCAUCACAUCCCGGAGGACAUGUUCCUCAUCGCUGCACAGGUCGUCGCGGAUCACGUGUGCGAUGCGGAUCUGGAGAAGGGUUCACUCUACCCGCCGCUUAGUGCCAUUAAGGAAUGCUCGAUGGAUAUUGCAGUUGGCGUUACAAACUACGCAUAUCAGAAGGGUCUCGCCUCCACCUACCCAGAGCCGGAGGAUAAGAAGGCGUACAUUGAAUCGCACCUGUACAACUACAAUUACCAAAGCGCCAUGCCGGUCACAUGGCCGUGGCCGAAGCAGGAGGAACCGGCGAAAACUCGGGAAAUUAAGCCAACCAAACUGCAGGCAUAAGCAGCUGUCCGGAACCAAGCGCAUUGGGGAGUUUUAUUUCCAUCUGCAUCAGUUUCCACCAGUAUUUAUGUUGUCAAACGUUUAUUAGGUCAUUUAUUUAUUUUAACCACCUGAUGGUCUGUUUGGAGAUG